GAUCAUUCUUAACAGGAAAAUUUAGAAGAUGACCAGGAAACUUCUGUUAUUAAUGAACAUCGAACAUGCACAGAUGUCUUCUUCCUUGGGCUCUUAAUUGCUUUUAUUGUAGUUCUGAUUGGUCUUCUCGGUUACUGCAUUGAAAAAGGAGAUAUCGACAGGAUUAUAUACGGAUAUGACAAUUGUCUCAAUAUUUGUGGCAAAGAAAAUAUGGUAGAUUAUAAAUUGGCUUGCAAAGGAGAAGAUAUGACAUCUCUUAAGUAUUUAGUCUUGGAAUCAGCAACUGAUUCUUCGUCAUCAAUUAUUAACAGAAAAUGUGUCGCAUCUUGUGAAGAAUUGGACAUGAAAUCUUUACUGAAUCGAUGUGUUCCACAAAAUUUCUCAAAUUAUACCAAGAAGUUCUUAUCCAAAGCUGGGAUUAGAAAUUUUUUUCAAGAAGUUUCAGAAGAUUUACAUAUAUGCUGGAAGGAAAUUCUUUGUCUCUUUGUUAUGGCUUUUGUAUUCUCGUUUAUAAUGGUAUUUUUGCUGCAAUAUCUUGUGAAAAUUUUAGUAUGGCUUGUACUAAUUGGUGUAGUUACCGCCAGUAUCGUUGGAACUAUUUGGUUGUGGGUAAAGUACGACUUAAUAAGAAGAAACACUCCUGAAGAUUCAGAAGUAGGGCUCCAAAGGAAACAUUCCUGGUUAGCAUAUGCAAUCGUCGCAACAGUAAUUACAAUCUGUAUCUGCUUGGUUAUCUUUGUGAUGCGAAAAAGGGUUCAAUUAGUAAUUCAGUUAUUUCGAGAAGCUGGAAAGGCAAUUUCAAACAUCCCACUCCUACUAUUCGAGCCAUUUUUAACAUUCCUAGCACUCUCUGGAAUAGUUGCCCUUUGGUUCUACUUUGCACUGUGGAUUGAGAGUUCUGGACAUUUCACGGUGGAGACAAAUGAGAGUGCUAGAAUUGUUAAGGAUUCAACAAUUCGCGUCUCCCGAUGGUACAAUUUACUAGCUUUAUUCUGGUUCACACAAUUCAUCAUGGGAUGCCAGCACUGCAUAAUAGCCGGAGCAGUCGCCACGUGGUUCUUCACAAGGGACAAGAAUCAUCUCAACGGACCAAUUUUGCAGAGCUUCAAGAGACUUACUUGCUAUCAUCUAGGAACAGUUGCUUGUGGAUCUCUGAUCAUAUCCCUUGUGCAAAUUCUCCGAGUUAUUCUCAAGGCAGUGGAAUAUUGGCUCAGAGAUCCACAGAAUAAGGCAUUGGUCUUCAUAGCAACGUGCUGCCACUGUUGCCUUGGACUCUUCGAGAAUGUCCUCCAAUAUUUGUCAAGGAAUGCAUAUAUUGAAACGGCAAUAUUUGGGCAUCCAUUCUGCGUGGCCGGAAGGAAGGCAUUCAACCUGUUAUCGAGCAACGCUCUCCGAGUAUUUAUGAUAAAUUCUGUUGGAGAUUUUGUACUAUUCCUGGGCAAGGCUUUUGUGGUUCUCUGCACAGUUCUCGUGGGAAUGGAAAUCAUUCAGCAGAAGAACGGUGUUCAACACAAUUGGGUGUUACUUAUUCUAGUAGGAUUAUUUGCUUACCUUGUGUCCCACUGCUUUAUCACGGUAUACGAAAUGACCAUUGAUACCAUUUUCAUCUGUUUCUGCGAAGAUUGUGAACGCAAUGAUGGAAUUUCCAAGCCCUACUACAUGUCCCGUGGUCUCAUGGAAUUUGUGCAGAAUUCCAAAAAAGCACUAGAAAUAGAGAGUAAUUCUGGAAAUGCAUGGUCAAAUAGAGAAAAAUAGUGUUGCAAACAAAUGGGUACAAUUUUUUUCUUCAAUAUUUAUUAGUAAUUCUCAUUUACAUUACCAAUGAAAAUUUCACAAAAUUCUUAUUUAUAUUUUAGUGUUUGAUGUGAUUAUAAAUUUUGUCAUUAAACAAAAUUAAUCUGGGUGAUUCUUUUUUUUUUUAAUUUAAAUUACGCUAGCAAAAUUAAUAUACAUUUAUUCUUCUUCUUUUUUAUUACUCUUCAAAAAACAAGACCAGCUUGUUGAAAAAAAAUAAAUAUUAUUCGAUCAUUUUAAUACCAUCCACAAUAUAAGUUUAUAAAUAAUUUAUUUGGUUCAUAUACUUAUUAUAUUUGUUGUAUAAUUUAACUAUAAGUAUUUUUUUUAAAUUAAAAGAAUCGGCGAGAGAGCAAAUUUUUUAUACAUUAAAAAACGUCCACUACAUUUUUUUUCUUCAAAAUAUUUUCUAUACCUCAAAAUAAUUUUAUUUCUAAACUUAAAAGUUGCAACACAAAAUAGUUUGGAAUAAAAAUUCGGAAUUUAUAUUGAACUAUAAGUGAUUGAUUUUUAUUUCUUCAAUCUACUGUGUCUAUUAGUUUAUGAUGAGUUAUUAUUAGAUUAUGAUGAUGUUUUGCUCAAUUCUAAGAUAGAAGGACAUUUACAUAUAAAACUUAAAGAAAGAUAAUAUUUAUUUUCAAAAGAAAACCUUAGAUAAAUACAAAAAACAAACAUAAUAAGCUACAAUUUUUACUUAUGUUCACAUUUAACCAAAUAUUUAAGUUCAAAAAAUAUUUUAAACUCAUUGCGCCUUCUGAUUGGUUAAUGUUUUGAAUCCUGUCAAAUUCCAUCCAAUGAGCGCAAUGGAACUGUAAUAUUUUAUGGUAUUAAAUACUCAUUUAAAUAAAAUCAUGACCAUGACUUUACAUUUUAUUCGCAAGAAAACUGUUUAUUUUUUUUUUACAGAAAAUGAUUCCUAUAAAUUUUAAGGAUCGUCUUCAAACAAAGGCUCGGAAUUUAGUAAUAGUCUAUAUUUGUUGCUUGUUUAAGUGAUUGACAUAAACAUUUGUAAAAGGUAUACAAUAUAUCAGCCCAAAAGCUUGUGAUAAAGUCUUAAACACCUGAAAAAAUUAUUGAAUUUACUAAAUAUUCUAAUAAUAUUUAUUUCAAAAAUCAAUUAAAAAAUGUUUAAAUAACUAAAGUCCUUCUAUUUUAUCUAUUUUACACUUCCAAGCAGGGUAAAACAAAUUGCUUUUGAAAAUAACCAUUUUUGUUUAAACAAAUAAAACUAUAUUUAAGAUGGAUUCACC